GCUCAUUGGAAACCGAAUUAAUUGGUUGCGUAUCCGCUCGCUGUGAUGUUCACCAAGAUCCGCAUAUUCUAACAUCUAAUUCUCGGAGUCGCUCUUAGCUGCGUGCAAUAAUAGAACUGUCUGCAGGCUGAGGAUUUUUGAAAAAAAACAAGUUGUAGAUAUUCGGAAGAAAAGUUCGUUGGUUUGAUUCAGGACUCACAAUGGUAGACUUGGUAUUAGAUCGUGAUAUCCGAAUUUGGGUGUUUUUGCCCAUAGUAGUAAUCACAUUUCUUGUCGGGAUUGUACGCCACUACGUGUCCAUCCUAUUGACCUCGUCACGGAAGGCCGAGCUUCAGCAGGUUUAUGACAGCCAAGCGUUAAUACGAGUCCGAUAUCUACGUGAGAAUGGCAAGUACCUUCCUGCGCGCGGAUUUUUUAUGCGAAAACACUUUUUUAAUGAUGAGGAGACCGGUUGGUUGAAGACCCAGAAGCGCGCCCCACCAAUGAACAACCCGAUGUCAGAUCCGAGCAUGAUGUCGGAAAUGCUCAAAGGCAACUUGACCAACGUGCUUCCCAUGAUUGUUAUUGGUGGGUGGAUUAACUGGACAUUUUCUGGGUUUCUUACAACCAAGGUCCCUUUCCCAUUGACGUUGCGUUUUAAGCCAAUGUUACAACGCGGGAUUGAACUGGUCUCUUUAGAUGCCUCUUGGGUAUCAUCGGCGUCAUGGUACUUCCUGAACGUAUUUGGCUUGCGUUCAAUCUAUACGCUUGUGUUGGGCGAAGAUAAUGCUGCGGAUUCGACCCGUGCAAUGCAGGACUCGAUGGUACCACAGGCUGCAGCAAUGCCCCAGGAUCCUAAAGCUGCAUUUAAGGCUGAAUGGGAAGCACUGGAGGUCGUGGAUCAUAAGUGGGCCCUCACAGGUAUUGAGGAGGAUCUUUGCUCUAAGCCAUUACAAUUUUAAAUGAUGUGUAUCAUUACUCCUUAACGCAUACAGCUGUAUACCGGGAAGGUACAGUCGACAGCCAUGCGUCACAUACCCAAGUGCAUAAGGCGGCUCAAUUCACAACAUAAACUCAGUUAGAGCGAGAAGGGAGGACAUCGAACUGGAAGCAUGAUCUAAUAUAGGCAUGAUUUACAUAUAAUAUAUGUCUUGUUGUUAGAAGACAGCGCUUUUAUAGUCGAAAACUCACACAGCAGUAAGAAGAUGGGAUCGUUUGAGUUUUUCUAUUUAUUCUCAAUUUUUAUUCGGGUGAAGAAACAAGCAUUGUUACACUGUGUUUGUUUCUUAGAUGCAAAGACAUAGUAGCUGUGAAGAAUUCGUAUUUUGCCGUUUAGAAAAAAUUCUAUAUAAAAAAAAAGAUAUAAUAAUUAUUUUCCUUACCGUUUCGGCAGAGCCAAUCAAGGGAGGCGCAUGUAAAUGACAUGUCGUGCCAUAUACUAUGCCACAGGCUGAUACGUCAGAACCAACAAGAGUUUCAUUUUAUAGACUGAUAAACACGACUAGCCCUGCGGUGUUAGUAGUUGUGGGCGGUGCAAAAAUCGAAGUUCGUAUUUCGUAUUGUAGUGAAUGAUAACAAAAAAAGUGUAUUGUCGCUAUGCGGCUUAGAAUACUAAAUCUGCUAUUUAUACAGAUAAGCCCAGUACUAACUGAAAGCCUUCAUCUUUCAAAAUCUGGUAGCUGAGUUCUAAAUGCGCUGUAUAUCUAUAAUAGCUAGUUGAACGAAUUUAGACGAAAAUUGGUACCACACUCUUAUGUUCGAAUUCAAAAUUCUAAUAAAGGAUGUCCGCGGUAGACAAGCCUUAGUUUACUUGAGUUAAACGUCCGAACUAGGAAAUGCCACAUCAGAACCAAGCAUUAAAAAACCGUUUUACAAUGGAAAGCUCGAAGAGUAGGUGAACAAAAGAUAAAGGCAAAAAAAGUAAACGGAGUAAAUGCUAUCGUCUAUGGUGCGUAUAUUAUAUAGGUUUAUUCAGAGCGAUAGGACAGCGAGCGCUCUUUGCGCCAUUAUAUAUCGCUUGUGAAUAUAUAUAUAUAUAUAUACAUACACACACACACAGGAGUGUAUGCUAAUCUAGUAUGAUAUUUAUUAUUAAUGGCGAAUGUAUGUUUACAUAAAAUACAAAAAGAGGCUAUGUGCAUAAUUUAUAAUUAAGCAGUCUUAUCUUUCGUAGGUAGGUGAUUUAUAGAUUCUAAUUGAUAACUGUUUCCUCUUAUACAGGGAAGUUCGCCGUUUAGAUGGCUAGUAUUUGUGCAGACAAGUUGUCUAUGUAACGUGCCAAUCCGUCGCGUUUAACGUCGCUUUCCAUGAGUGGUAAAAAAACUUGCACAAGCACAAAGUAGUUAAACAAACAUGUACUUAAACUAGUUAGUAGAGCUAGGGGCUCUAAGUAAAUAAAAAAAUUGUUUGUUUUCUAACUUUUUUAAAUGGGCUGUGUAGAAGAUUUUCUCAUUAUGAUAAGUAUGUCAAGAAGUUUUUUGAGGUUUUAACCUAAUUAUAUAUACCAUCGUCGACAAUUCCUUAACUGUGUUACCAGUCUAAUUAACUGUUGUUUGUU